AUGUCCUUAGAACUUGAGAAAUUGCAACAUAAUAAAGGUAUCAUCCGUGUUGGAGAGCUCUCUACUACUAUUGGGGAUUCAACUGUUUUCCCUGCUUCAAGUGGCUUCCCAGAUACAAAAAUGACUUCCAGUAGGUCAUCCAGCUGUCUUCGUGUUGCUGCAAACAGUCCCUUAAUGUUACAAGGACACUCCCAAGAGAACCAAAGAAGAGGAGGGUUGAGAAAUCAAAAUUCUGCUACAUUGUUAAACGCAGAGCUUCCUUCUUCAUUUCCAGAUCAUGGUAGAUGUAAUGACAACUGGUCAACUGCUGUUCAGCCAUCUGCGAUCCAAUCAAGUUCUUUUCCAUUAAGUGACUGCUUUAAACAGGCUACUUUGCGUCCUAGUAACUUGAGAGACAAUAUCUCUUCAGUGACCCUGCAAAGUGGGACUAAUCUACGUGAUGUUUCUUGUGUCACUUCAAUGCCUCUUCCACUGCCAGAUUCAAGAACAUAUUUAGAAUGUCAAGCAAUGACUAUCAGUAGUAAUUCUGUAAAAAUGAUGAAUUAUUCCCCAAAAGUGUGGGAUGACCAUAAACACAAGCUCUCUCACCAUUCAAGUCUCGGAUGCAGCUCAGCAAACUCUUUGACCCCUGCUCCUGGAGUAAUGGGUACAUUUGACCAGGGUUUGGACCUGAAAAACACAAUAUCUGACAGAAAUACGGAUUUCAAUUUGAUGGGGGAGUCAAAUUUUGUCAAUCCCUUGCCCAUGCAGCAGAAUGCAGUUGAGGAAUCAGCUUCAGAUACGGCAUUGCAGUUGAAGCAAGGUUGCACCUUGGGGCAAAGAAAACCACAAAACAGCUAUGCUUCUAAUAAUGUUGGUUCCUUGGAAGAUCCAGUGAGUGCAAUGAUGAAACAGGAGUUUUAUAGGCUUCGCUCUAGCUUUAGAGCUAAGAAGGGGCAUGCGCCAUUGCUUGAGGAUUUCAGAGAGUUUGACAGGAGUAGGCUAGACGAACGAAGGAAAAUGACUCUCAGCCAGAUUUUAUCUUCUGAAGCAAGGGAAAGGUUUGCUCGGAUUGCUUUGGUGAAGCCUAAGAAAACAAGAGAAGAUUGA